UCCCAGUCUACAUCGAGAACAUCUCCCAUACCUUAUUAUUCGUGUGAAGAUGUUUACAAUCGGGAAACCGGAUCUGCUGUUCACAUCUAGCGCCUCACACGCACAUAGAACAUCUCCCGUUUGACGGGAAUGUUAUCAAUUUACGGUGAAUGUGCCCGUAAGGCGUCCCUUGUGAGGGGAGCAAAUCCCAUCACCACAGCGUGAGGUGCUCUCUCUGAGUAAAUCCCAAUUUUUCUUUGGGUAAACGUUAAUGCUGCAUUCCCCGCAAAACUGCCCUCACAACGUCCCGCAGCACAUCCCCGUCUUGUAUCGGGAACAUCUCCCGACUCCUGAAAGUUGAGAGUGUGAGACAAAGAUACACGAGGCGCGCAGGAGGCAUUGAGGCAAGAGACAAGGGUUUCUUAGGGCAAUGGAGGAGGCGAAGGGAGUGCUGAAGCAUAUACUACUGGCGAAGUUUAAGGAUGACAUACCAUCCGGCAAGAUAGAAAAAGCCAUCAAGGGUUACGCCAAUCUCGUCAAUCUCAUCAAGCCCAUGAAAGCCUUCCACUGGUACUUCUCUCAUCAAGCCCAUGAAAGCCUUCCACUGAACCAUCAGACACAAAGAUGGAGCUGUCUUUCAUCAAGCCUUUUAGUCGGAUCUUUGCCAUGAAAGAGAUGCGCAUAAUUAUGGUGGGUCUUGAUGCUGCGGAUAAGACCACGGGUAAGACCACCAUUUUGUACAAACUCAAGUUGGGAGAGAUAGUCACAACAACUCCAACCAUUGGGUUUAAUGUGGAGACUGUAGAAUAUAAGAACAUUAGCUUCACCGUUUGGGAUGUAGGUAGUCAGGACAAGGUCCGAUCUGGAAGUUGUUUUAAUUGCAGCCUUUGAUGCUAUUUUUCCUUGAAAGAAUGUUGAAACUGGAUUGAGUUUACAACAGUACAUCAUCCGUGUAUUUCUUAAUGCUGCAAAAUUUUCCUUUCAGCAGUACCACAAUUUCGGCUAACCUCUACAAGAGAGAGUCCACAGUGCCAAGAUUAUGUAAUUCCUAUCAUCCAGAUCAUCAUUUAGAUGUUUUGAAGUUGGAUGAUGGAGAAACAACAUGUAGGCUUUGACAUCUUUGAAAUUUGCAAGUUUAAUGGCGUCUAUUCUACUUUUGAA